AUAGAAAGUAAUUUAGUUUAAUUUCGCAGCUCUGAAUUUCUGAUGAUUUUUAAAAUAAUAAAUUAUAUCUCGUUUUAUAUUUUUAAAAAAACAACAAAUAAUUCGUCAUUUUCGCCUGGGACAUUUUUACCGAAAUGUUCCGAAUAUAAUUAGGGCAGACAACUCUUUCACAAAAACAUGGAACGUAAACACACGUGUUUUUAUUUAUCGUGUUUUACUUAGUAUUGCGAAGUACGACUUGACAAAAUGCAAGUCUCGAAUCCCAACAACAUAAAGAUAUAUAAUCUAAGUGCUGGAAAGUCGCUUCCAGAUUGGUUGUCUGAACAAAAGAGACGAAAGCUUCAGAAAAGUAAUGUUGAUGUACAGCGAAGAAUUGAACUUAUUCAAGAUUUUGAAAUGCCAGCUGUCAGCAAGUGUAUACAAGUAUCGAAUGAUGGCCAGUAUAUUUUAACAACAGGAACGUAUAAGCCGCGAGUGAGGUGCUACGAUGUCUACCAGAUGGCUCUCAAGUUUGAGCGAGGGCUCGACGUGGAAGUGAUCAAAUUUAGACUGCUGUCGGAUGACUAUUCUAAGAUUGUUUUUCUGCAAGAUGAACGGUUCGUAGAAUUCCACUCUCAGUUCGGACGAUAUUAUCGCACAAGAAUACCCAAAUAUGGGAGAGAUUUGGCCUAUCACUCUGCAAGUUGUGACAUGUAUUUUGUUGGUGUUGGCCAUGAAAUAUUUCGACUGAACCUGGAGCAUGGCAGAUUUUUAUCUCCAUUAGAUACUAAUGCUACAGAAAUCAACUGUUGUGAAUUCAAUCCACUGCAUGAUCUACUAGCAUGUGGUACUAAAGAAGGCAUGAUAGAGUGCUGGGACCCGCGGUCAAGGACAAGGGUGGGAAUGAUGGACGUAGCUUUAGGAAGUUUAGUCGACGAUUUAGAUUUGCCUGUGAUGCCCUCUGUAACUGCUUUGAAAUUUCGAGAUGGUCUUACGAUGGCUGUUGGGACCAACACAGGUCACAUUCUGAUGUACGACUUGCGUUCCAACAAGCCGGUUCUGAUUAAAGACCAUCAGUACGAGUUGCCAAUCAAAGACAUUGAGUUUCAUGACCAGCUGGACCUGGUGCUGUCUAUGGACACCAAAAUACUCAAACUUUGGGAAAGAAAAACUGGUAAAGCAUUUACAGCAAUCGAGCCAGGAACAGAUCUUAAUGACCUGUGUCAGGUGCCCAGCUCGGGACUCUUGUUCAUGGCCAAUGAGGCGCCGAAAAUAAUGACAUACUAUAUUCCUAGUCUUGGAACAGCUCCACGCUGGUGUUCCUUCCUGGACAAUUUAACGGAGGAGCUAGAAGAAAGCAGUACGCUAACAGUGUAUGAUGACUACAAGUUUGUGACCCGCCAGGAACUGGAAGCUCUUGGUCUGUCUCACCUCAUUGGCUCCAACCUGCUCAGAGCGUACAUGCACGGAUUCUUCAUGGACAUUCGACUCUAUCAUAAGGCAAAAGCAAUUUCAGAUCCAUUUGCUUACCAGAACUAUCGUAAGAGCAAGAUCCGAGAAAAGAUUGAGGAAGAACGAGUAAACCGUGUUCAACUCAAGAAACUUCCCAAAGUUAAUCGUGAUUUGGCAGAGAAAUUGAUGAUCGAGGAUGAAGAAGGAUCCAAAAAGAAAAAGAAGAAACUGACAAGCAGCAUUAUGAAGGAUGACAGGUUUUCUGCCUUGUUUUCAAAUCCCGAUUUUCAAAUUGACAAGACCACUGAUGAAUACCGUCUACUCAAUCCAGUUGUGUCAAAACUCGACAAAAGCAAGAAGAAGAAACAGGAAGUUGUUGAGCAACAGUUUGAUGAAAUUGACGAUGAAGUUGAAGGUCGCCCCAGUGAGGAUGAUAGCAGCAGUUCUGAUGAUGAGCAUGUGUGGACGGAGGAAGUGAAGAAACAGCACCGCCUGGUGUCACGAGAACACAAGGAGAAGCAGUGGGCCGAGAGACAAGAGGCGGCCAUCAUGAAAACCAAGUUCUAUGAAAUCAAGGAAGGGGAAGAGUUCAAGUCACUGCAAGACAAACGGAAACAGAAAGAACUCAAAGUCGAUGGGAAACAAAACGACUUGAAGAAUCUGAAAAACAUCAUAUUGAACGUAAAAACCUACGUCGGUCGGCUCAUGACAUUACAAAGAGUUUCAAAGACAAACCUAAAUUCUGGAUGGGAAAGAGGAUGAAAUGAGAAGAAGAAACUAGUUAAGCUAGUUGUUGCUAAACAUUAUGUCUGGUCAGGACAAAAUAUAUCAUUACCAACAUCAUAUUUCUUGGCAAUGUCGGGGUUGGUUGUGACCAUUGUGAAAUAACUAAACAUGAAGUGAUUUGUGAAGCAUAUUUUGACAACCAGUGAAAAUUGUGAAAUUUUCAGUUUGUUGUGUAACAUAAGUACACUUUUCAUCACACUGAUUGCACUUCUUAAACACUUGUUGAGAACAUCAUUACUUAGUUAUGAUAUCACACAGCAAUAACACAAAUAUGUGUGUAUUGAUUUAAAGACAUGAUUGGCUGCUCCUAGAUAAUGACCUGGUCACCACAGCCAUACCUGAUUGGCUGCUCCUAGGCAAUGUCCUGGUCAUCACAGCCAUACAAUUCAAUGAAAUAAGUACAACUGUUAUGUGUCAUGUAUUUUAACCUGAAACCGAUUGCUCUGUUAUGCAUAAAUUAAUUGCAAGAGCAAUUACUGUAAAUAUGUUUGAGCUGGAAAAGAUGUUUAAAUUUAUUUUAAGUAUAUCAAAGAACACUGUAUUUAUGUCCAUUAAAUACAAGUAUUUUACAGCUCAUUUAAAAACAUAUUCAAAUUGCUUUCACUCGUUAGAGACGUCUUGAAACAAGUCGCAAAAUAAAAUUGUACCUAACGGCCACUCAUAUAGUAGUCUCUAUAUACAGAAUAUUGAGUUUUAUCAUAGUUUACAAGUUCACAAAAUGUAAUUCCCUCUCCCCUUCAGUACAUCAAAAAUGUUGAUUUAUUAAGUUAUUUGUGUCAAUGUUGUUAUAAUACUAGCAUUAACCUCAUGCAUGCUGUUUGUAUGCUUGUAAAAAUUAUAUAAUUGUGAAUGUGCAUUAUUGAGAAUGUACAAGAUCUAAACUUGCCCCGUGCUUAUAAACCUUUCAAAGUCCAGUUUUAUAAGCAUGGGGCCUGGAUACCUUCGUUACAUCAGGACAACUUUUGAUUACUCUAGUUUCAGUAUUUUUAACAACGGACCAAUGAUUAACUAAAAAAUAUUUUGCAAUAAAAGUAUUUGAAAUUCA